UUAAAGUUUUGUCGGAGUUCUGUGACGGAAAAGCCGGCAAGAUGGCGACCUCCUUGGUUGGACCAUACGAUGUUUGGCUAACAGAAACACUUACUGCUGCGAGUGCCGAUAUAGACACAGAUGUGUUUGUUAGUUAUAUUAUAGGAAUACUCGAUGACGACACACCCGAGGAAGAUAAGAAAGAGGGCAUAACGGAAUUACUCUCAGGAGUUGUGACAAGGGUGAUCAACUCUCAACCUUUUUGGGCCAACAGACUUUGGCUACUGUGAAAGAGAAAAAACUUACGAAGGAAGAAGCAGAGCGCAAGGCAGCCAUCUUGGCACAGUAUGCUCAGGUUUCAGACGGAGAAGAGUCAGAAGACGAAGGCGAUGACUCGGAUGGCAGUCCGGCGACUGGCGGAGGAGGAGGAGGGAAAGGGCGAGGAGAAACCCAGGACUCUCUGCUCAUGAGAAAUGUGAACAAGGAGGAAGUUGCACGAGCUGAGAAAGAUUUGAGAGAAAAGGCGCGGGAGGAAGUGGAAAAGAAAAAGGAGAAGGACAAGCAAGACCGGGCUGCUCAGAAACAGAAGCAACAGGAGAGGAAGGACACGGAGAAGAAGAGAACCCAGAAAGGAGAGAAGAGGAGAUAACCCUGUCUGUGGCGAUUUAGUUUGUGAUUGUAGAAGGAGAAUGUGAAAUAUUGUUGUGUGAUCAUGAUGAUAAUAGUAAUAAUUGCAUUUAUUUAGCACAUAUCCAUGUUCUGCAGCAUGUUCUAUGCACUGUACAAUUAUCACUACGGGAUGGGGUAUUUACUUAAACUCUGCAGUCAAGGGAUUGAGCUGGAGAGGCAGGGUUCUCAGUCUGUCUCCAAUUUUUCUGAUUAUUAAUUUAUCAUGACAGGCGGAGUCUGUUUAAUCCAAACACGUUUAAUCAGAAAACAUCAGUAAACCAAAAGAAAAAUAAAA